AAUGCAUCGUGUCCGCUGCUCAGUUGGUCGUCGUACGUGUCUCAACGUCAUGCAGUCGAUGACAUUCGGUCUUACGCAUAAAUAUUUACAACUAUAAUACUACGACAAAAACAAAACAGAAAUUUCGGUAUUCAAACAGCGGUUUUAUUUUAUCUAUACAGUGUUUGUUCAUUCAUGUCUAUUUUCUUCUUGUACGCUACGCUUCAGUACUAGUCGCUACAGACUAAAGGAAAAGUGUUUAUGGGAGUUUCAUCGGUGAUUUUGGUCAUCAUCAUGAUGUUUAAUGGCUUCCUGCUGGGGAGUGACUCUGAUACAAGUGACUUUUAUAAAGAGGCCACGAGAGCGUGCAGCGGAGCGGAGAGCGUGAGUGGAGCGGAGUGGGCCCGGACUCUGGAGGAGAAGUUGAAUGCGACGCUACUUGUUUUGAAGAACAAAGAGGAAACGGUGAGAGUGCAAGCGGAGAGCCUCGCCCUGGCGGAGGAGAGGAUCCGCGACCUCACCGACCUGACCAGCCACCAUCUUAACUCAACGCACCCGCGGCCUGCAGAGACGUGUGACGUUAGUGUCAGCGCUCAUGGGAAGGGGAUGGAGCAAGAGAUGCUGGAAACUUUGAGAGACAAUCUCUCUGUUAUAGAAGAAUUGUACCGGGAAUGCUUCUAUGAGUCUGCGAAACAAGACCAGCUGAUUGAGAUGCUGCGGCGCUCACACGUGGAGUUGCGCAGCGCAGACCGACAGAAGACCCAGUACUCCGGGCAGCGGUGUGGCGUGGUGCAUCAGCAUCAGCGCUCCUGCCAACAUUACCAGGACAUAGCGUCGGAAAUGGACAACCUGAAGGCUGCCGUCUCAAAUCUCCUGAACAACUCCAAUAAUGACUCGGGCGUGUGGGAACAGCAGGGCGGGGGGAGUGAGCUGCACGAGGACCUGGUAAACGUGGACCAGCAGCUCCGCCGUCUGCAUCAGCUGCUCACUAUGGAUGACAGUAUGUGCGGCUUAUCAGAUGAAAACGUGCGGUAUAAAGAGAAGAACAAAUUACUAGAGUCGCAGCUACUCGAAGCUCAAGUAAGAGUGCAGGAGAUGGAAGCGGGUAUGUCAAAGAGCACCGAAGUGGAGCACCAAUACCAGAAGCAGUUGAAAGAGAUGGAGAAAGAGCUGGAUUUCCUGAGAGAUCAGAUGUCGGUAACGCAGAAGAGAGACGCGUGCACCUGCGAAGCAUACAGCCUGCAGUUACAGCAAGUCCAAGUGUUACUUAAUGAUAAGACAGAAGAGUUGGCAAAGGCCGAAGCAAAGUGUGAACACCAGCAGGCACAAAUAAAUGAAUUAAACAAACGACUUCGAGAAGCUGAGACUGUUAUCAAAGAGAAAAAUACUUUGAAUGAAGAAGUGGUUCGAGUGUCGAGCCAGGUGAGCGCGUACCGAGACCAGUUGCAGCAGUGUCGACAAACGCUGGAGCGAGAGCUGACACAUGCCGCGCACACUGCCUCGCACCUGGCGCACCACUGUAGAGAUAAGGCUGAAUUUACAAAUGACCUUCAGAAUCAAUUAGAAGAGGCACAAGCUAAGGGGGCGGCCUUGUGCGAAGAAACGAAACGAAUAGUGUGUGACGUCCGAAGAUGCAUUCGGAGACAGCGACAAAGGCAGCGGGAACAAGAAUAUAAGAUAAAAGAACAAGAAAUUCUUAUCAAAAGUUUGCAAGAAUCAAGGCUGGAUACAGAGCAUCGCGAUCCUUGCUGUUCGAGAUAUUUCAAUCAAAUGGGCCGUUAUGCCAGAGAGAGUGAGAACAGUAGUUGCACGAGAUGUCCAUCGCGGUCAGUUGAUAGACUGGAGAAGACGAGUGCGAGCGAGAUGGCUGGCGGUAUGACACCACCUACCCCUCCCCCUCGCAGAUUGUUGCGGAAAAAACCGCUUUGUACAGAGAUGCAGUAUCGUAACGACGCGUUGCCAUCAACCUCUCAUAUGCAACGGCAAGAGAGUAAUGCGAACGCACGACCGGAGUCGCCUACGCAGCAGUUGAUAGAACGCGUGGAGGUUGCGCAUCGCGCCCUGGCGCACGCGCAUGCGCGCUGGGAACGGCGUGGGCCCCUCCGCGGGCACACACACUGCUAACUAGUUUGACAUACUUAAUACCACUAUAGUGGUCUGGUUUCAUGUCUGUUGCUGCGUUCAGCUUUAAUCGAGGCAACAUACUAAAUACUAUGGUAUGAUUUCUUGCAUUUCACUGUGUUCAGCCUUAAUCUAGUCGACAUUUUCAAUAGGUACUAUGGCCUGAUUUCUUGCAUUUCACUACGUUCAGCCUCAAUUUAGGCAACACAUUCAAAACAGUGGCUGAUUUCAUGCAAUUAGCUGCGUUCAGUCUCAAUUUAGGUAACAGAUUCAAUACUGUGGCCUGGUUUAAUGCAUUUAGCUGCAUUCAGCCUCAAUUUAGGCAACAUUUUAGCAAAUCUCUUAUUGAAUGUGUGGGCAAUGACAUUGGUUUUAUUGCCCUCUCUUAGUCAAGGUUACUCUUUUGAUUCGUUUUGUGAUUCAAAUUUGCUAAUUGUAAUAAGUUAUUAACGUAAAUAUAAAAUAAUUAAUAUAAACGCAAUACAUAAUGUAAGAUCGGGGACUAUUUUUGUUACUUUUAGGGUUUACAGGAAUUUGGACAUGAAUUUGGACAUUUUCUAAAUAUCAAAUGGAAGCUGAUAUUUCUAUUUAAAUUUAACAUUGUGUGCUACUUUCUUGUUCUUUUCAUUAAACUUUAUGCAAUAAUACCUAAGCGUUAAAAGCAAAAAGCCUGCAUGCAAAGAGUUUUGCUUCAACGUUAUCAGACAUUGUAGAUCAGGUGUGAAAAUAUGUUUUUUAACUACCAAUUAUUGUAUUACAAAAUAUAUUUUGUAAUCGGCCUUUUUUUUGCUAUUAUGGAGCACGUCUAAGAUGCAAAACCUGUUAUUUCCUAGUCGACUGUGUGUGUCAUUUGUUGAUAUCGUGUACAUUUUUACAAUAAACUUAUUUUUUUUAA